UGCACCGCUGACCCGCCCCCGGGAGUCGCGCGCGCCCUUCCCCGGCUCUGUGACGUCAUUUCUUCUGCGCCCGGCUGGUCGCAGCUUGUGACGUCAUGAGCGCGCCCAGCCUAGUCCACUGCUGGGCUAGAACCUGCGGAGUUUGGGUCUUCCCCACGCUGAGUGCAUCUGGCUCCGCGCGCGAGCCGCUGCUGGGAUGCCGGGCAUCUCCGCCAAGGGGCUCUCUCACGAGGAGAGGAGGCAGCUGGCUGUGAACCUCACCCGUGUCCUGGCGCUCUACCGCCGCAUCCUGGACGCCUACAUCAUCGAAUUUUUCACGGACAACCUGUGGGGUACCCUCCCUUACUCGUGGCAGGAAGCACUGGAUGGACUGACGCCGCCGCAGCUCGCCACCCUGCUGCUGGGGAUGCCAGAAAAUGAGGCUUUGGUCAGGUACAGGUCAGUGUGGCCACUCACCCUUUUGGCCCUGAAGGCCACAGCCAGUGCCUUGGCCUUUACCCGGACCCCUGGAUUUGACGCCCCCUCUGAGUUCCGGGAGAACCACAGCCAGAGCUCCCGACUGACAGCACCGUUCCGGAAGCAUGUCAGGCCCAAGAAGCAGCAUGAGAUCCGGAGGUUUGGAGAGUUGGUGAAGAAACUGAGUGACCUCACAGGCUGCACACAAGUUGUAGACGUAGGUUCAGGCCAGGGCCACCUCUCCCGCUUCAUGGCCUUGGGUCUGGGGCUGAUGGUAAAGAGCAUUGAAGGUGACCAGAGACUGGUGGAGAGAGCCCAGCGUCUGGACCAAGAGCUACUGCAGGUUCUGCAGAAAGAGGAGAGGCGGAAGAUGCAGACAGUGCACUCUGGCCCUCGCCUCUGUCCCCACCAUGUAGUUAGGUGGGUGGACCCCUCAGCCCUAUGUGAUGAGCUGCUGAAACCUCUGGAAACUUCCCCUCCAAGUGAGGCCCGCUUGCUACUGACAGGCCUCCAUGCGUGUGGAGACCUAAGCGUGGCCUUGCUGCGACAUUUCUCCAGUUGCCCAGACGUGGUGGCCCUGGCCUCCGUGGGCUGCUGCUACAUGAAACUGAGUGAGCCUGAUGGCUACCCACUGAGCCAGUGGGUGGCGGGUUUGGCUGGCUCUGAGCUGCCCUACCGGCUUCGAGAGGGGGCUUGCCAUGCCCUAGAGGAAUAUACUGAGCGGCUGCAGAGAGCAGGCCCUGGAUUGCGAACCCACUGCUACCGGGCAACCCUGGAGGUGGUCAUCCGCCAGGCGCAACCCAAUCUUCGGCGGCCUGGCGUGCAAGGGAUUCCCAGAGUCCACGAGCUCAAGAUUGAAGAAUACGUGCAGCGGGGGCUACAGCGGGUGGGGCUGGAUCCCCAGCUGCCACUGAGUCUGGCCACCCUUCAGGCCCACCAGGCCCAAGAGAAUCGUGUAGUAGCUUUCUUCAGCCUGGCCCUGCUGCUGGCCCCGCUGGUGGAGACCCUCAUUCUGCUGGACCGCCUGCUUUACCUUCAGGAACAGGGCUUCUAUGCUGAGCUCCUGCCCAUCUUUAGCCCGGAACUCUCCCCCAGAAACCUGGUUCUGGUGGCCACCAAGAGGCCGCUGGGUCAGGCCUUCUCUGUUCUGGAGACUGAAGACAGCUAAGACGGCCAGAGGAAGGCACAUCUCAGUCCCCUGUAAAAAAAAAAAAAAAAAAAAAUAGCUUGGCACCAUGGCAGAUGAAAGUGGGAGUUGCCCACCCCAAUGCUGCUUCUACUUGGCCUUCAGCUCUGUGUACUGUUUCUCUCUUCGUGUGUUCUUUGAUGUAAAGUAUUUUAAUUUAUUAAAGAGGAAGUCAUUCUU